GGCAUGUGCGUAAACAAACAGCUCGAAAUUAUGGAGGCAUAUACGAAUGGACAGUAUUUUGAAUGUAAACAAAUGGUGUCUCAGGCGUCUUGUGUAACGAAAUAAUGUAUCAGUAUUAUGUGCGUGUCUUCAAAAUUUGUAAAUGAACAUGUGGUUUUAUUUGAAUAUGCAGUAAAUUUGAAGCUAAAAAUUAUGGACUAUGUAACGUAACUUGUGUGACAUAACCUCACUUUGGAUUUUAUUCACGUCAUUAUUGUGAAGCAAAGUGGAUUUUAGUGAGCAGUAUCUUAAUAUAUGACUUUAUAAAUAGUAGAUGCACCCGAAGGAAAUACAUCUGUAUGUGUAUUGAUUCAAUAAUACGCGGUUGAGAAACUAUUAUAAAGAGGAAGCAGUCAUGAAGAAAUGGCAAAUUUUUAUGGAGACCUGGCAAAACAAGUUGGAAGUGAUGAUGAAUCUCAAAUAUCCGAUGUGGAUCCUUCACAACUGGCCAAGAUGGUGGAGGACAUUGAUGAUUUGGAUGCUGGUUUGUUUCAUUCAUCUUUUAGCAAGAAACAAGAGAAACCAUCUUCAACAAAAACAGUGGUUAAAUCUGCUUUGAAGUCUUCCACAUAUGAUGACAGUUCAGAAAGACCCCAGAAAUCUCAUGUGACGUUUGAUUCUCCAGAGAAAUCUGAAAGCAAGAAAUAUAUAAAGAAGAAUAUAGACUUUGGAGAGUUUGAUGCUGAUGAUCCAUUGGGCGAUUUACUAUCGGAUGAAGAUGAAUCUCCCUCUAGAACAAAGAAGAAGGAUAAUAUUUUUAAAAGUAAUUUGCCAGAAUCCACGAAGAAACAGGAAUCAGAGUCUGAUCCUUUGGAACCCAAGAACAAGCAGAACCGGGCCAAAGUUAUGGCAGAACUGUUUGGAUUGGAGGAAGAGAAGAAACAGCUGCCGAAGCAGUCUCCAAGCGACAGAGAUUCUUCAUCCAGUUGGUUGGGACUGAAGGAUCCCCUGCCUGCUGAGAACAAGACACUAGAAAUUGCAAAAACAGCCAGUCAAACCCAUGGACAAGUUGCAGAAAUAACAGCACCUAAGAAAUCUGUAACUUCCAAGAGAACAGGAAGUGGGGGCAGUGAUUAUGAUGAUGACAGAGAUCUUUUGGCAGGAAUGGGUUUUGGAAGUGAGACCCGUGAAAAUUUAAGCAGCCAGCCCAAGUCCAGACUGGAUGAAUUACUUGGUAAAAGCACAUCUGGCAGUGAAGAUACUUCUCCACAGUCGAUGUUGGAUGAUAUUUUGGCAAAGAAAACGUUACCUAGAGAGAGGAUGUCAGCAGGUGAUGGGAAAAGAAAUGCUCCGCACCAGACACAGCCUUCAAGUGGUGUGUCGUUUGGAAACUAUUCACCGUCAGUGUCAGCACCUGCUCGUCGUCCUGCUUCCCGACGUGACUCGGCAACAGCCGCUGUACCAGAUCCUCUAGGCAUUUUUUCCCCUGCAUCAUCUCCGACAAAAGAGAGUCGCCAAUCAUCUUCCAGCAAUCCGGGCCGUAAGACAACUGACAGGCUUGGCAUUUCAGACACAAAGCCUCCUGUUACAGUUGCACAAUUGAACUCUCUGGAGAGACGACAGCAGGUGCCAGAAGAGAACCCAUUGCUUCCGGAUUGGCUGGGAGGUGGAAGAACAGUUGUGACUGAGACAACACAGAUUCAACCUGUGCCAGCAGCGUCGGUGCCACCAGCAGCAGCCGCGGAGCCAGCUGCUGCAUCAGUGCCCUUACCGCAGGCCGUGGGGCACCCAGUGAGUGUCAUGGGAAUACUGGCUGCAGGAUCUCAAAUGGACCAACAGGUAGCGGUAGCUCUGCAGCAUCAGGAGAUGCAACUGCUGACAGCACUGCAUCUAAAGCAACAUGAGGAGCGACUGUCUGUCCUCCAGGUGCGCCAGCAGGAAAUGCUAGAGCAUCAGGAACAGCAGCUAGAGGAGCUGAUACGCCGACAGAUGGAUCGCCAAGAGCAGCUCAAUGCACACGUGAGGUCACAGCAGGAACGCAUCAGUUCACACAUACAGUUGCUGCUUGCUCAGCCAGUUGUAUCCCCUGUUGCAACUUCAUCUCCAGUACAGCCUUCUGCUCAACCUGUGGUGGACCAUAAAGCAGAGGAGAGUCAGGCUAUGGUGGAACAAGAGACAAGUGAGAAGAGACAUCUUACAUCAGCUCUGGAGAGCCUGAAGGCUAAACAUUUGGAAGAGUUGAAGCUACUUGAAGACUCAUACAAGCGUCAAAUUGCAAUGCUGGAAAGUUCUUCUGAGAGACAGAUUCAGCGACUGCAUGCUGAGAAUGAGUCCUUAGAGCGAGAGCACCAGGCCAAGAUCACAAGGAUACAGGAGGAGCACGCAUCUCUCAUCGAACAACAUCAGAUGAGGUUGGCAGCACAGCAGAAGGAACAUGCAAAGGACUUACAGGAGUUGAGGGAACUGCACACUCGAGAUCUGGAGGAGGCUCGAAAGCAGCACUCAGACAUUUUGGAGCACUUGAAUAGAGCACGUUCUUUGGAGAGCGAUGCCUUGAAGGAAGCGUCAUCAUACUCCAGGAGUCUCCAUGAAGCCCUGGAGCAGUUGGGGCGCAACAGUCGGGAUCUGAGUGGGCUACAGACGGAGCUUAGCAGUCAGCAUCACAGCCAGUUGGAUGCACGGGAAGCAACUCUCCAGGCCCGAGAGGCAGAACUUAGAGUGAUACGAGAAAACUUAGAGAAGCAGAGAAUGGCCUCCGAAGAUGAACGCCAAAGGCUAGUAGGGCUGGUGUCUCAACUCGAGCAGAAACUUGCUGAACAGCGGCAGAGCGCUGAAGAGGAGAGGUGGAACCUGCGUCAAGAAGCUGCACGCCUAGAUGCUGCAACCAAGGCUCUUGAGAAAGAACGUGAACGAGCCAUGCAGCAGAUUGACGUAGAACGGCAGCAGUUACAGAAUUUAAAAGAGUCUGUGUUAUCAGAGCAGCAGAUCUUGAGGCAGCAGCUGCAGCAAGAAAAACUUAGUCUGGCUUCAGAGAAAUCUCGCCUUGAGACAAUGGCUCGACUACAUGAUGCUACUUCUCCUGAUAUUUCAAAGCUCCGUGCUGAAUUGGAAACGGGAAUAGGAGUAGCACGAGAGGCUAGUCAGCGGGCAGAAUCAGAGCGUGAGAAACUACAGAAUCAGCAGCGUCAUCUGGAUGAUGAACAGAGACGUCUGAAAGAUUUUGAAUGUGAUUUAACGUCUAAGGCACGUGAGGUGGAAACGCUAACAAAGAUGGCAGUUGCGACCAAGGAGGAAGGCAGACGGGCUCUGGAAGAAGCCCGCAGGAUCGAGAAGCAGCGCUCUGAGCAGACAGCAGAGAUCCAGAGACAGCUGGCAGAACUGCGAGAUCGUGAAAAGAGAUUGGCACAGGAGAAGGUGUUUCUGUCACAGGAACGUCUAGCAUUGCGGAAUCAGAGGAGCCGAGAACUCUGUUUGAACUGUCGUCACCCCACAGCUGUUACAUUAUCCCCUCCCCCAACACCUCCUGACCUUGGCAAGAGAUUUGUGGACCCCAAGCUCAUAAUCAUGAAGUUGGCAGCUGAAGAUAAAGCCAGUCAGUUAGAACAAGACUCCCACUUCUUCAGCUCACAGUUUUCAGCGAGCAAAUGAACCAUUUUACUGUGAUUUUCACGCCACUGAUAUACAUACUGACCGUGACGUUGAAGACAGAUCCUAUGGCAAGGCCUAGACCUUCCGCCACAAGGCAUACGGUGAUCGCGGUAA